AGUAUGGAGUUUGCCUCUAAAUGCUAGUCUUGACGGUGGAAGCUCGUCAGUUGAUCGGAGCUUUCUCUGCGAGAAUAUUCUUGGUGAUCGUGUGUCUUGCGGCAACAAUCAUGCUAAAUUCUUCGGUGGCUCUCUUCGUAAUUGUGGCAGCUGUUGCAAAUUGUGUGGGUGCUGGAGGAGAUCAUAAUUCUACUCUGAGAGUGGCUGGAGGCAAUUUCACCAUUGGACAUCUGAGGACAGUGUCAGCAGCACAGAAUGCAAGUGAAAAGCCCGUGGUGCUCAAAGUGGUUAAUCAGACGUAUUCGAGGAAUGAUCUUGGGGAAUACACUAUGUCAUAUACUUUGAACGACGGCAGUCGUCGUGUUGAGGUGGCAGAAUUUGAGGAGGUCGAUGGCACAAAGAAGUUUGUAAUUCGAGGGUUAUUCACCUACAUGCAUAAUGGCAUCCUCAGGAAUGUUCUUUACAAAUCCGAUGAUACUGGUUUCUACACUUAUCCCGAUCCAACGGCUGUUCCCGAAGACAAUGUCCUCUUCUUGCCACCCGAAUCCACUGAUGAAUGUAUAAAGCAGAACACUUGCAUUGACUCUAAACUUCUCACCAUUCUCGUGGGCUGAGGAAGCCCCCCGAAGAGUCUUUUCGUUUGUUUUUAAUUUUAUUUUAUUUACGAGAAAAAAAAUGUGCAAUUGAUAUAAGCUCUUAUUUAUAAAUUCAAGUAUUUUUCAAUUCAGAGAGACUGGAAAUGACCGGUUUAAAUUUAUUUAUUCUAUCGAAUCAUCUUGACUUCAAUGAUGUCCUCUCUCUCUAUAUAGCAAGAUUCUGGCUAUCCAGUCAAUUUAUUGCGAUUUAUUAAAUGCCAUAAAUUAACACAUGUUUUGCUAUGUGGAAAAUUGGUAGAUUUCCAUGUGACCGAAAUUUUAAUGCAAAUAUGAAUAGAGAAUAUUUGUAAAGAGAGAAAAUGCUGACUUCUCCUUUCACAUCAACAUUUCAGGCAUGUUUUUGAAGAAGACGCAUUUUUCAAAUUCCUAAUAUCGCGAUAAGUGGUUAUUGUGAAAUACUUAAUAACUAUAUAAAUAGGUUAUAAUGACAAAUCAAUUAGCAAAAAUUUAUAUAUUUGGAAGUAUUCUAUUUAUUUAACUGUGUCUCUUAACUUAAACAUAUUCCACUCUUAAGAUCAUUUUAGAAUAAUUUUACAUAUUUAAGUAAAGAAAGAAAAUUUGAAAUUUUUGUCUAAAUAUGUCAAUAAAUUUAUGAAUAUUAGAAGAAUGACAUUGACUUUAAGGAAUUAUACUGCAGAUGAUCUUGAUAUUUCUUCUUACGGACAUCAAAUUGUAUGCCAACUUUAAAUAUUUUCUUCCGGAAAGUUUUGUAAAUUGAAUAAUCAGCCACUUAAAUUUAUUUAUUUUUUUCGCAAGACCUCCACCUUCUAGAAUUAUGUAAUAUACGUCUUAUUAUAUUCAUAAUAGUCUUCAAAAAUUUGUGCAUAUUUUUUAUUGGCUUGUUCAAGGUAUGCAAAUCUAAUAAUUUUCUUAAAAAAAUAUCCUCAAUUUUCUAAAUUGCUUCAAUUUUCUUUGAAUAAAGAAGGACCGGAAGGACAGGGGUUUCCUAUGAAAUUUUCUUGGGUAUUAGAGUUAUUUAUUUAUAUUUAUUUUAUUUAUUAGUUACAAAAGAAACUCGAAGAAACAAAUAAAAUUUAAACAAAA